AAAAAAAAAUUCCAUUUCCAACCAUCAUCCAUCCAUCUUCCACCGUGGAUGAAUAUAGAAACAUAUACUUUGUACGACUUCAAACCAUCAAUAAACCCAUAGUAGUAGUAGGUAUAAACAAAGUCAGCCAUUAGCUUUUUGCAUUGUUUGCUUUCAUCUUUAUCAUAAUUAGAGUAAUGGCACUCCAAAAUGCCUCUCUUUUCUCCAAAUCAAUUUCACCUUCAUCAAAAAUCGAUGAUCGAUUUCUCAUAAAACCAGAUUAUUCAUCGUCGUCGUCAAACCGUUUCUUAUCAUUUCCGGUAAAACCGUCUUACAAGCGGAUUCACCUCAUCGUCGCAGCUAUAGAUCACAAGAGCGCCGGUGGUAGUAGUGGUGGUGGUGGCGAAGCAAAAAAGACAGGAGUUCCAAACUCUAAUUAUGUUGUACCACUUGAUAAAGCUGCUUCUUGUAUUACUCGACCACUUGCUGAGAUCCUUCGAGAUCUUAAUAAGAGGAUUCCUGAUAAUAUCCUCAAACCAAAUUCCAAAAUUAUUCCAUGGUACCAUGCUAACCGGAUGUUGAGUUUCUAUGCCCCAGGUUGGUGUGGAGAAGUACGUGAUGUUAUUUUCUCUGAUGAUGGAAGCGUAACAGUCGUCUACCGUGUAACUGUAAGAGGAUCUGAUGGAGAGGCAUAUCGUGAAGCUACUGGAACAAUAUUGGCUAAUGACCCCAAUUCUGCUGACCCAGUUGCUGCAGCAGAGGAGAUUGCCUUUGUCAGGGCGUGUGCUCGUUUUGGGCUUGGCUUGUAUUUAUACCACGAGUAAUCAUUUUUUCCAUGUCUGUUUUGGAUUUUGAUGUACAUACAAUCAUGUUUAGAUAAGGACGCGUGACAUAUCAUUCGUAUUAACGUUGGAAAAUGAACAUCAGGUGAAAAGCUUGAUGCAUUUUGAUGUA